GCACCGCCGCGGGGCAGCGCCACUGCAUCGGGGUGGCACCAAGUACGCCACAAUGCACCGCCGCUGUCCAUGGGUGUUUAUUUGUACAUGAAUCUCAUUAUUUCUUCUACGGCCCAUUGUCCUGCUGGCCGGGGCGCGGCGGCGCUUUGUCUCCGCGAUCGCUCGCGGUGGCCGCCGCCGGUGCCGCCGGAAGGUGGUGGCCGCCUCCGCCGCCCCGAGAGGCCGCGUCCCAUAAGGUGAUGACACGCUGGCUGGGCGGCCGCCGGGAAGGCCAGGAACAGCAGGCACAACGCGGGGCCUCAUCCUACACGCCGGCCACCGCCACCUUGCUCCGCCCGCAGAAUGUGAGAAUAGAGCCUCUGUUGUUUGCUGCCCGGGCGUCAAUGGCCCCAGUGGCCCUCUCAUGCUUUCGGCCAGCCAGUGCCAAGCCGGAGGGCCACAGUGACCAGACGUGGACGCUCCCGUCCCUGCGCCGCAACUCGAUGCCGCGCGAGUGAGUGCCUCCAGGAGGACCUUGUAUACCCGAAGAAGGACGUGCCGCUCGCCGCGCCGCCACCGACGCCGCCAUGACGCUCGUAUCGAUAAUGUCGUCGAAGAGGAAGUCUCUUCCCACCAAGGUUCUCGACGCUUACCCUGACGCCGGAGACAUGCCUGGAGAGGACACGCCGCUCGUCUCCACCACUGCCGGGGACUCCGACAACUCAGCGGCUGGCUCAGAGUUCAGCUACGGGGAGGAAGGCAACGUGGGCAUGUCCCCCGCGCGCUGGUCAGACAACGAGGUGACGGCGCCCACCACCACCGGGGACGCCAAGAGGAGCCGCCGCGAAAGUUCGGCGGAUUCCGAUGACCUGGCGCAGCACCUCCACCCCUUCGCCAACCCGUUCUUCCAGGCGAGACUGCAGGAGGCGCGGCUGCAGCAGGAACAGGCCAGACUGCUGCAGGAGGCCGCGAGGCACGAACACCAGCAGCAACAACAACAGCAACAGCAGCAACAGCAACAGCAGCAGCAGCAGCAACAACAACAACAGCACCUUCAUCACCAACAGCAGCUGCAGCACCACCUACAGCAGCAGCAUCAACAGCACCUUCACGCCCAACAGCAACAACAGCAACUACAACAGGCGCAGCAACAACACCUACAAGCGCAGCAACAACAACAGCAACAACAACAACAGCAACAACAGCAGCAGCAACAGCACCAUCCCCACCACCAGCCGCCGCCUCCGCAGCCGCCGCCGCCCGCCCAGCCCGGCAGGAACUCCCUCUCGCCCCUGUCGGAGGUGGAGCGCGGCGGCCUCCUGGUCAACGCCGCCCGCAAGUCCAUGGACGACGUGCUCAAACGACUCACCUCCAAGAUGAACCAGAGCACCCUGGACGACGCCGAGCGGGCCAAGAGGGAGCGAGAGAGCACGGCCAAGGCCGCGGAGCCCCGCGUACCACAGUCCAGCCCGCCGGUGACCUCCACGGGGGGCGGCGCGGCGCCCCUGGGGGACCCGCUGGCCUCUAUGACGCAGCUUCUCAACACGGACCCCGAGGAGCUGCAGAACCACGAGAAGCGAAUCACCGAAAUGAUCAACCAACUCCAGAAGAUCCGAGACUUUAUCCGCCAACCCCAACCUCAGGAGACGGCGCUGGACAAGGUGGUGACGGAGCAGGAGGCGACGCUACAGAUGCAGCAGGAGGCCCUCAGGAAGCACCAGGAAGCCCUUCAGAUCCUGCAGCAGCACAACACCUUCAAGACGCUGCAGAACCAGCUCUACGGGCAGUAUGGCGCCAACAAGGGCCUCGGUGCGCUUCAGCCUCCACACAACCUCAUGUUCCUGCCGCUGCUGGAGGGGUUUAGGGGGGGCACACACGGCGCCCCCCCUGCCCCGCCUGCCCCCGCUGUCCUGCCCCCCAUCUCACCACCCCACGAGGCCGCCCUUCCAAAGCUUACCCAAGUGUCGGUGGCUGCGUCGGUCCCCGCCUGGAUGUCCGCCUCGGCCCAGCUGGCGCAACUCUCACAAAACUCAACGCACACCGCCCACCCGCCCACGCCCACGCCCGCACCCUCACACGAGAACCACGAAGAGAAGCCCCUCAAUCUCACCAAGCCCAAGGAGGCCAGCCCGAAACCCAGUGACCUCACCGGGCUGUCCCCCAAGGGAGCGGGGCUCCCCCCCUCACUAGUGCCACACUCCUUCCUGCCCUACAUGACGCCGCCCUUCCCCGGCCUCACCGACCACAAGGACCUGCUAGGCAGCCUCGGACAGGGGCUCGGGCAGGGUCUGGGCUCCCUCGGCUCACCCACCAUGGGAGGAGGCCUGACCACCAAGCACUACCCGCCCCCCGCCUUCCCUCCCAUGUAUCUGCCGCCCUCCUCCUUACCCUCCUCGCUGCCGCCUCACCUCGGUCCCAUGGGCGGCCUCAACCUGCCCACGGCCACGCCCCUCACCUCCCUCACCUCGCUGGGCGGCAGCAUGGGCGGCAUCACCUCCGUCACCACCUCGGCGGCGCACACCACGCAGGAGAAGAACAAGGACGAGGAGUACGUCACCACCUGCCAAACCCUCUCUACACACCCUCUAACCUCGGCCCUCUACCUCGUCUCCCCUCAAGCAGCCAAGAUGUUCGGCGCUAAGAUCAUCCGGCAGACUCGGAAGGACAGCGAGUCCAAGCCGCACGUGAAGCGCCCGAUGAACGCCUUCAUGGUGUGGGCCCGCGACGAGAGGCGCAAGAUCCUCAAAGCGUGUCCGGACAUGCACAACUCAGCCAUCUCCAAGAUUCUAGGAUCCAGAUGGAAGAACAUGUCCAACUCCGAGAAGCAGCCGUACUACGAGGAACAGUCGCGCCUCUCCAAGCUACACAUGGAGAAGCACCCCGACUACCGCUACCGUCCGCGGCCCAAGCGCACCUGCAUCGUGGACGGCAAGAAGAUGCGGAUCUCCGAGUACAAGGCGUUGAUGCGGCAGAAGAGGGACGAGAUGCGCACCAUGUACUUCAGGGACAACGGCCUCUCCGACCUGGCCAAGCUGCUGCCGCCCGGGGCCGAGCCGCUAAUGAAGAGUGGCCUCUUCAAGGACGACCUCAAGAAGAACAGCCUCAACACUGAUAUCAUGGGCGCCGCCGACUCCCAAGGUGACCUGCAGUCCAUGCGCGGCACCGACAUCCCCUCCAUCAUGACCCCGACCUCGGAGUUCAGCCUCGACGGGUCGGCCUCGCCCUCCCCCGGCGCCCCGGCCUCCUCCACCUCCGACGUCGAGGACCACAUGGACGAGGAGUUCACGUCGUCGACAGAAAUCACGAGCCACGAGGAGCCGGAGGAGAACCAGCCGCUCACCAUAGACGAGCGGCUGGCAUGAGGCACCUCCCGCCCACCACACCCACGCCCACGCCCGGCCAGUGCGCGCCCGUGGUGAGGCGACACACACACACACACACACACAGUCGUCACUUUCCUCCAUCACUCGUUUAAAGGAGCCACUCCGGUCGUUAUCAGUAUAUAUUAAACAGGAACAAACAUCCCAUUCACCUCCGAUAUAUAUUCACCUCCAGUAUUUGCACCAUUUUUAUCUAUUUACGGCCGCCCGAGUCAAACAUUCAGGUAAUAAUGAACAGAUGAAUAAUACAAAAGCCCGCCAGGCAGGUAGCGGCGGCGAGACUCGCUGUGAUGUCACGGGCUGCAAGGCUCACAGGCUAGCGGGGGGCCAGUCAAUUGUAAACAUAACCGCCGCGGUGCAUUGUGUGUGAGGACGGGCGGGUCAAGGGCCACCGAGUGCUUUUUUUUAUAGUCCCCGAGCGUUAACGUGCAGGCCGAGGUGCAGGGAGUGUCAGGGCUGCCCGAGACCACCGUGGAGGCAGCAGCUGCCGAGGUAAGGGAAAAUUAUGACAGGGAGGGAAGGCCGGUCACCGCGGGGCCGGGGUGGCGGUGGUGGUGGCGGUGGAGAGUGUGACGUGGAGAGAGCUGAGAGGGGGGGGGGAGGGGGGGGGUUCAUCAAGCUUAUGUUAUGGGCAGGCGAUUAAACAGGAUUCCGAGACAUCUUCUAAAUAGACUAUGAAUAAUCAAAUUUCUUAUGUUAGCAUACGGUCAGUCAGCAUUAUGGCGAGGCCUUGGACGGGGGUUAGAGUAUGGACGUGCAUCAGUGAAGCCUUUAAACCAAUCCCGGGUGAUUUAGUGUGUCUGAGGAGGAGUUUGCACAAGUAAGCUAAGUCGACAGGAGCGUGCUGGGUCAGGCGCUGCUAAUCGUCCGUGUGAUAGUCAGUCGGCGUCACUACAGGUGCUCUCGUAACGCGCUGAGGAUAUUUUAGAAGUUCGACAACUGCUUCGUUUAUCACCUCAUGCCUGCCUCGACCCUGACUCCGGCCCACUCUCCCCCUCCCCCUCCUCCCUCUCAACCCUCCGCUCACUUCCUCUCCCUCUCCCCGUGCACUCUUUCCUCCUCCUCCCUCCCUCCCUUUAUCCUCCUGCCCCGCUCCCUCCCUCCCUCCCUCUCAACUCUGACUCCUCAAUUCCCCUCCCUGUCUCCCUGCAGUUCCUCUUUCCUCCCUUUCCACCCUCCCUCUUCUCCCUCACCAAAUGCUUUAUCCUAUCCUUACUUUCCUCCUAUUCUCGCACCUCCCUUGCCUCCUCCUCUACCCCUCUCUACCCCUCUAUCUCUACCCCCUCUACCCUCCUCUACCUCUCUACCCCUCCCCCGCUUCCUUCCUUCCUCCUCUUACCUCCCCCUCCCUCCUCCUCCCCUAAGAGCAGUCAGCUGAGCACACCGUCCGCGGAUAGCGUUGCCAAAGUAAUCUUUCGUAUCUUCAAGUUUUUGUAUUAAAGAAGAAUUUCCUUUCCGUGAUACUUCCUUGCCUGGGCCAGAUAAGUGACGCAGACACAGGAAUGUGAUGCUGACUGUCUCGCGUAGUUCAGUGUGGGCGGCGGGAGGGGGGGGUGUAUUAGCUAGCCGCAGGUGGCAAGAGCGAGACCUUUAAAUUGGCGACCACAUUUUUUUUAUUCCUUUAUUAUAUAUAUAUGCUCAUUAGACACUGACCGUCCUGUGUGUCGUGGCUCCUCAAGAAUGAUGGUGUUGAUGGAAGAAUUUGACCGACAUAUUUUACCAUAUUUUACUUUAUUUUACCAUAUUUUACACCUUUGCACCUCUCCCAAAACUGCGGUCAGGAGUCCUGCACGUGAUCAGGCCAUUGUGAAACACACACACACACACACACACACACACACACACAGCAAGGCGUGCACGGGCGUGCCGCCGCCGUGCCGUGGCUGGGCGAGGAUGGAACACAAAAUACCCGAGUUUUUUGUAUGAUUAUUUUUGUUAUCUUUUUUGUGAGUUGUGUUGCGGAGCGAGUGAGCGGAGAGCGGGAGAACAGACAGACAUUGGUUGACUCCCCUCCGUCUCCUCCUCUUUCCUUCUUUGGAAAACGACGUCGGAACGACUCGUGACGACCCGAUUCUUGGCAAUCGGAAAGAAGAGAUUUGUAAUUUUCCUUUGAGGUACAUAAGAUGUAUUUUCCUCCCGGCGCAGUGAUAUGUUUGUAGAUCUCCCACGAGUGAUCUUUCGACGGAGCCGUUCAAUGGUUCACUGGUCCGAUGCUGCUGUUUCGUUCCUCGCACGCUUUAUUUUUUUCUAUAAUAUAUAAAUCUUUUCCGUGUGGCGCGGCGCGGCGCGCAGAGGCCGCCGCCAGGCCGCAGGGCGAGGACAGCGCCACGACUUGGUCUGUAUAAUAGUAAUAAGGAUAAUGACCUUAAGUUUAUGGUGUACACAGAUGAAGCUUUAAAGUUCCGAAGAAUGUUUUCCUCGCCAUGUGUUAUUUUCUAUCACUGUACAAGGUGGAGGGGGGCGGGGCGGGCGGCGCCGCCGCGGCCAUCCUUAUUUUUGAGUUUUGAAGUAAGAGCGAGGCCGCGCGGGGCGCCACCCGCCGCGCCGCCCGGCGGUAGUUAGAUGAACCAGUGCUUAGGUAAGGAAUAGGCAAGAUGUUCACUUUUCUUGAGACUUUUCGGCCCCUCCGUGGCCGCGGAGCGCGCACGCACGCCUCCAUUGUUAGGACGAGUCGAUUCCGGACGAAGCUGUCUCGGCCGCACGUGACGUCACGCCGACCUUCCUGUACAUAGCACUUCUCCCGCAGCCACGACGAUUGGCUCUUUGCCAUGACGCAGGCGUGACGUCACACCCGCAGCGAGGCGCCGGAUUGGUCAGCAGCUGAGCCGCCCUGGUCGAGAUGCUGUGUAUUCUAAGUCAAGAGUCUGAGGCCGGUGUUUCUAAUGACAGUAUUAGUAGAGGCAGCGAUCCUUCCUUUUGUAUUUAUAUGUAUAAAGUAACGCUUCUCGACACGUCUUUAUGAAGACUGACGAUCGGCAGCCAAAGGUCAAGUCCCCCCCCAUCCAGGCCCCGACAUGACCCCUCCGUCACAGGCCGCCCCCCCUGGUCAGCGCCCCUCGCCCUUCCCCCAGACUGACUUUUACUCCCCGAUCUGUCACUUCUCUUCUCCGCCCCAUCCUUCCUCCUCGUCCCUCCCCUCCCCACCCCGUGACAGACCCAUUAAGGUAAUCCCUGUGGGCGGCCUGCACACACACACACACACACACACACACACACACACGGGGACGUACACAGUGUUGACUCAGAUUUAGCAGUUUAAUAUAAAUGCCAAAUAAAAAACUUUCUUCCACGGUGCUUCCUCCUCCCCUCCGCCACUCCCUCUUCCCGUCCUCCUCCCCUCCUCCCUCUCCCCCAACACGACUUCUUCCACUUCGUCCUCUCCCCCUCCCCCCCCGGCUCGUCGCCUCUGUACCAUACCGUAGGGAUCGCUAUAUAGGUGUAUUAUAUAUAAAUAUAAACCUUAUGUAAUGUCGGAGCUUUACACUCUUAUGGAUCUUAUGCACAUCCUCCCCUAUCCUCUCCCUCCUCCUCCCUCCUGUUCCUGUACCACCACGCCAUGACCUCCUCCUCCUCCUCCACCUCCCUGUGAUCCUGUUGUCGUUUCUGUCCAUGUCUUCGUCCUCCUCCUCCUCCUCCUCCUCUCAUUCUUUCUUUUCAACAUUUCUCAUUCUCUCAACUCCCCCAGAGAGAGAGAGAGAGAGAGAGUCUUCCUCCCUCACCCCUUCUUCCGGCUCCUUUCUUACUUUGGACUUUGCUAAAUGAUCUUUGUAUUUUUUUUGUUCCUAGUCUUUUGUUUCCAUCGGCAGUAGUUUCAUUUUUCCUCCCAGUUUCUCUUUCUCUCUCCUCCCCCGUCCCUUCCAUUCUCUUCCCUACCAUUUUUAUCCCUCCUUUCACCUCUCUUACCCUUCUUUUCUCUUUCAUUCGCUUCUCUACUCUUAAUUUUCUUCCUUAUCUCCUUAUUCCUUCCUUUUUUCAUCCUUCCCUCUCGUAUUUUUCUUCUAAUUAUGCAUUCUCCGCCUUCCUCCUCCUCCUCCUCCCCCUCCUCCUCCUGCCUCACGUUUGCUCCUUCCCAAGUGUGUGUUUUUUUAAGGUUUUCUGAUGAGCCAAUUACCAAAUACCUGUUUAUGUUGUAAUGAAACACGUUCAGCCUUUUUCAUCGAUGCAUCUUUUUUUUUCUAACCUCAUUUAGUCGACGGCCGCUUAUUAAGGUCGGCUCCUAAGGCUAUUUAACACUUUUAUAUAUAUAUAUUUGACGACGGUGAUGAUGAUGAUGAUAGACUAGUGACCCGCAGCCAGUGUUUUGAGCUGUUAGUUCGUUCCCCCCGCAUCCGUAACGCGUGUUCCCCGUCGCUGGCUCGCUCGCUGGUUGGCUAAGGGCGUGAGGCGUUGAGGGCGAGGGUGUCUUGGCGUUACAGGAGCCCCGUUCUCCGCUGCGGGGCGUUCAGGGAGGUGUGAACGGGGCUGCAGGGGAAAUGCGGAACUGAAGUCCUCUGGUGUUGUUGCCCCGUAGAAAGAAAGCAAUGCAGUCCCCCGUUCCCCCUUUGUCAGGUUCAAGUUCAAGCUUCACGCCCCGCCCCGCCGCCCCAGCGCCUCCCCGCCGCCAGGCACGUGCCGGCGGGCCAGCGCGCGAGGGGCCACGCGUCUACUUUGUAUAUUUCGUUUCAUUCCUCACUCCUGGAAACCCUCUUGACACGAAUCAGCUGACUGUAGCAGCUGACGAAGCCACCUGACCCGGCAGCGAGGAGGGGGGAGGGGAGGGGAGGGCGCCGCCGCGGGUUGGGGAGAGGUGACUGUAUGGGGAGUUGUUGUUCCUCUCCCCUUCUCUCCCCUCCCCGCGGCUGGCACCGGCCCCUUCUCGCGCCCUCCGCCGCUCGUCUGCCAAAGAUAAUUUAUAUACGCUAAUAACACUUUAUCAUAAUUAUGUUUUGAUGACCCAGGCGAGUGACGUCUGGAGAUGUCUAUGAUAAGGAGCCUAUACCUGUAAGAGACCUGUAUUGCUGCACGAUGUUACUAUUACCACUACUACUACUACUACUACUACUACUACUACUACUACUACAACUUCAGCCUCACUCUUACUCUCCUGUGACUUCUGCUUCCCCUUCCAUUAAAGCAUCUGCCCAUUUUCAUUUUUUUUUUUAUUUAUUUAUUUUUUUUUUUUUUAGCAAAGGCAAACAAAAUGAACGGAGAGAACAGAAAGCAUGCAAGAAAAGGUUAGGGUCACGUGAUGUUCCUUCCUCCUCCUCCACCUCCUCCUCCUCCUCCUCCCGUCUAGUCUCCGCGGAGGGGGAGGGCCAGGCCUUCCCCCUCCCCCCUUCCCACUCCAGACCAACCCCGCAGGGAGGGUUCUCGUCUCCCUAUCUGUUGUAUGUUUUGUAUUUAUUUCUCUAUCUACUUAUUUAUUAUUUAUCGUCCUCUCCUCAUUCAGUUGCUUCUCCUCCUCGCCGCCAGGUGGUGUUGGCGGCGACCUGACUGUGUUUUGUUGUUGUUUUUGUUUUGUUUUGUUUUUUUGUUCUUCCCUUCCUGUGGCGCCCGACACGAGGGUGGACAUAAGGACCUUGUGGCGACGACGUGAUUGGCACUCCUCCUCCACCUCCACCUCCUCCUCCUCCUCCUCCUCCUCCUCUUCAUCCUCCUCCUCUUCAUCCUCCUCCUCCUCCUCCUCCUCAACACCAUUUUAUUUUUAUUCCCUCCUACUAUAUGUCAUCCUUCCAUACCUCCUACUCCUCCUCCUCCUCCUCCUCCUCCUCCUCCUCCUCCUCCUUCUCCUCCCCCCCCUCCCCCCCAGAACCUGUUUUUCCAAAUUAUCCAGAAUUCGUGACGUGAUUGUUCGCCCCAGGUGACGUCACAUCCGUGUUAUUAUUAUUAUUAUUAUUAUUAUUAUUAUUAUUAUUAUUAUUAUUAUUAAAGCCCAUUAGAUGUAAAAUCGAAAUUUGUAAAAAAAAUAAGGGAAAAAAAGGACCAAAUUGAGGUGUUUUGUUUGGUUUUGUGUUUGAUGUUGCAGCUAUAAUAGUGUUAUAAGAACAUUUGUCGAUUUGUUAUUUGUUGUGCAAGUUUUAUAAUAAACGCUAAAGUGAA